AUGAGGAAAACUUUGUUUGUUAAGGAUCCCGGACGACGUACGAAGGCGUACGAGGGGCCGAAGCCAACUUGCAGAGGCCCGUUGAACGACUUUAAUAUAAGUGAAAUGGAACAUCCCUGUAAUUACUAUGAAAGUGCAAACAAGGAUAAUCCCCAGUUGAUGCAGGACUAUUGCGAAAUGUGUGAUCAGAAGGAAUGUCGUGGUGGCCCCGUGGUUAAGGGGCCCGCUUCUGGUGCGGGUCUCCGUGCGGGUACAAGACCAGCAAGCAUGGUGAUUAACUCAAACCUUCUUCGCGUGAGAAGCGGCCUAUGGUGGGCCGAGAGGUUCCCCUUUCUGCGAAGCAGUAAUGCUCGCGAAAAAGGAGAUGAUGCGCGUAAGGCAGCUAUUAUCCUCGCACUCGCGAUCGAGCGGCGAUCUCCGGCCACCAUAAGUGCGGAUCUGCGGACGGCAAGCAAGGGUGAGGGAAGCGAUUACACGAUAAUUGGGUAG